AUGCAGGGCCAACCGCAGGGCCCCUCUGCGAACCAGGACGGCCGUGUCCAAGAGCAUGACUACGCGCAGCGCUCGGAGAUGGGCUCGCUGAGCUAUCUCAAUGCCGGCAACGACGACCACCUGGUUCGUGACUACUCUGUCGACGGCCAGCAGCAGGCCAUGGCCGACGAGCAGGGUGCCGGUGAACACUACGACAUGACCACUCUCCACAGCACCGAUUCCCGCACCCGUCUGCACCACCCUCAGGAGGGCUACCAACUUCCGCCUGGUGCGGGCGACGGUUCUGUGACGCACGGGCGCGUCCCCGGUGGUCAGCCCGUUGUGCAGCAGGUUCAGUACCCACCUCCCAAGGCUACCCCUGCUCCCCCCAACCCCAUCCGUGACCACGAGCACUUCCAGACUGUUCCCCUCAACGACCUCGCCAUGCCCAGCAGCACCUCCAGCUCGCCUCCUCCCAACCCCCACAAGGUCCGCGGCGUGCUCGGCAUGUUUGCCAACGGCAGCCAGUCGACUCAGACGACGGUCAACUCUGAAAAGGAGAAGCCUGGUCGCCCAAGGCACCCCCGCAAUGGCUCCUGGGAUGUCCUCCAGAACUCUGAGUGGGACGAGUACAACCCCGCUACCGCCAACAAGGAGCGCCUGCGCUUUGCUGACGGUGACGCUGGUACCAACGCCUUCUCGAGGCUCUACCUCUGGUGCUUGAACCAGGGCAUCGUGAUGCGCUGGCUCGUGUUCAUCGUCCCCGUUCUCAUCGUCCUCUGGAUCCCCGGAAUCGUCGACGUCGCUGGUGUCGACAACGCCAAAGUCUGGGGCACCCGUCUUCUUUGGUGGUCCAUCUGGCUCACGGUCGUCUGGGUGGGCUUCUGGGUCUGCAAGGCCUUCUUCAUGAUUUUCCCACACAUUUACAGGCAGACGGUUGUCACCAUUCUUCCCUCUGCCGGCCGCUACACUGGAGUGGUCGCCAACCUCGGCAAGUAUGCCAAGUUUAUCCUGUGGGCCGGCAUCAACUACAUUGCCUACCAGCCCCUCAUCAAGACCAGGAAUUCGGCGGACAGCAGCUCGCAGUCGCACAACAUUAUCACCAUCAUCAACGCCCUUCUCCUCACCAUCUUGCUGUGCUUUGUGGCGCUCGGUGUAGAGAAGCUCGUCAUUCAGCUCAUCGCCCUCUCGUUCCACCAGGACGCCUACGCGGACCGCAUCGCCGAGCAGAAGCACCAGAUCAAGGUCCUCACCAUCUUGUACACCAACUCGCACGAUAUCCCUGGCCGCUCGGACACUCUUUCCGACUCGGCGUCGGCUAACACCAAGGCGUCCCAGAUGCCCAAGGUGGCGAUGCGCAGGGCCCUUCGUGGUCUCAAGUCCGUCGCCCAGAACACCACCACUGCUCUCGGCAACGUCGCGUCGGAAAUGACCGGCUCCACCGCCCUCCAGACCAACUCGCCCCAGAACAAGGUCAUCACUGCCAUUUCGUCCGCCAACAAGAGCAGGCUCCUCGCCCGCCGUCUCUUCUACUCGUUCCGCACCCCCGGCGCCGACCACCUCACCCUCGCCGACGUGGCGCGCUUCUUCCCCAGCCUGGAAGAAGCCGAGGGCGCGUUUGAGAUCUUUGACCGCGACGGAAACGGCGACGCCACGCGCGACGAGAUUGACUCUACCCUCCUCGACAUUCACCGCGACCGCAUCUCCCUCGAGGCCUCGAUCCGCGACCUCGACGGCGCUGUGAGCCGUCUCGACGAGAUCCUGCUCGCUGUCGUCCUUGUCGUCUGUGUCGUCAUUUUCGCCGCCCUCGUCGUCUCAAACCAAACCUCCACCACUAGCUUCGUCUCCGGCAUCGGCACCUACAUCCUUUCGCUCAAUCCCUACGAUGUGGGAGACCGCGUUAUCAUCGGCGACGAGACUUUGAUCGUGGCCAAGGUCGAGCUGCUCUCUACAGCCUUUAAGAGAGCGUCAGGACACUACAUUUGGUGGGGCAAUAACCAGCUCUCGACGAAGAUGAUUGAGAACGUUCGCCGGUCGGGUGCCACUUCUGAGACGUUUGCGUUCGACGUGGCGUUUGACACCUCUUUCGAAAGUCUUCAAGCCCUGCGUGCCGCAAUGCUCCGCUUCGUCACCCAGAACAACCGCGACUUCCAGCCAAUCUUCGAUGUUAUUGUCUCCAACUUUGAAUCGCAGGACAAGCUCUCGCUCAAGGCCGAUAUCCGCUUCAAGCAGAGUGCUCAGCAAGGAGCUGCUCGUGUCCAGCGUCGCAACAAGUGGAUCUGCCAGCUCAAGCUGGAACUGGCUCGCCUCCAUAUCUGGGGUCCCGCGGGCGCGGGCAACCCGAGCCCCGCACCUGCCGCUCCUACCCGCUACACUGAGGUCCCCUGGGACGAGGUUAGGGAGGCCGAGCACGCCGAGGCCCCUCCCGUGUUCAACACCUCCACAGCUGUCAGCCAAUUGACUUCGCACCGCCGCGUCGACUCCACUCUGGACCUCCUCGGUGAAGCCGAAUCCCUGCCACCUACGCGGGCCAAUUCGCCUGGUCCCAACGCGCCAUUCCAGCAGUACUCCACAUCUAUUGCACCCGCCGCAAUGGAGCGUCUCGACAGCAAUGGCCGUCGCCCAAUUAACACCGUUCAGCAGACCGGCCAGCGCCAGUACUACAGCAGCAGCAGUGGAUCGCACGCGUAG